AUGAUUAAUGCUGGAAGUGUUCAGCGCGCUGUGCUGUCCUUCAAUGAUUCGCGUGACGACCAUCGUAUCAUCACCAGGCUUCUGCAGCCUGUGGUCUACUCUGCCGUGGCACAAGUCGUCUUCGAUGGGUUGCCGAGGACUUUUGCGCAGAAAGCUCUCGACAGCCUGACAACUGCACAGGGCCUUCCUUCCAAUGCCGCGAACACCGCGGCUCUUGCGGCUGAGAGUGGCGGCGACUUGCGGCAGGCGAUCAAUGCCUUGCAGCUUUGGACUGGGAACCAGCGUUGCGUCCCAACGACGGGCGUCAACACUCGGGCACGAAAUCGAGGCAGCACAGAGAAAAGAACGAAGGCCCAGCUGCAGGCGGAGGCCUCCCGAGACGCGGAAGCGUCGCUCCGCAUGGCCAACCUCGGGCUGUUCCAUGCGCUGGGACGUUUGCUCUGGUGCAAGCGAAUACCGCCAGGUGGGGAUGAAGUGGAGAUGUGCGCAGGCGGCACAAAGCGCAGGAGGAAAGCAACUACGUCAGGCUCGAGAACUUUGUGGACGUG